UUACGGUGUGGAACGUAACGGUGAUGACAUUCGGGAAUUCUGACAGAACUGAUUCCAAUUGUAUAAUUCUCCAUUUUUGUCUGAUUAAUUCCAUGUAAAAUUUGCGAUGUUGUUUGAAAAACAAUCAAUGAUAUGAAAACGAAGUUUAUUCACACCAUAAUGUGUGUAUAUAUUUGUGCACACCGUUACGAUGUUGUCAUCAUCGUUACUCAUUCAGCGUAACGGUGUGGACUGUAACGGUGAUGACAUUCAGGCAUUUGAUCAUCCACAAACAGCAUGCUACUUGUUUCAAAAACACAUUACGCACAAAUUAUUUUGUGGCAUCUUGAAUACAUAAUAUUUGAAAAUCAUAAAAGAACAGAAAGUGGAAAUAGCAAAGAAGAUGGAAGAACGGUGUUGACACUGAAUAACAGACCGGUAACCAUGUCGUUUUCACGGAAUAGUCCGAAGCUUUUCUUGCUAGCCAUCAACUUUCUGUUGUUCCUGAGCGGCCUGGCGCUGUUGAUUACGGGUCUCUGGUUGCUGAGACUGAGCGGCCUGAUGGACUCGGAUGUCAAGUUCCUCUUAGCAUCGAUCAGUGACGACAGAUCUCAGUUCGGCUACUUCCUGUUCGCGAUCACUAUUCUCUUCAUCGUUGCCGGCGGCAUCCUCUUGUUCGUGUCGGUGUUUGGAGCGGUCAGCGCGUGGAAGAAGAUCAAACCCUGCCUGAUUAUUUACUUGGUUGUCACCAUUUGCGUCAUCGUAGUACAAGGUGUCAUUGUUGGAAUGCUAAUCAAAUCAAGAGUUACGAGUGGCGAGUGGUUGGAAGGGGCGCUCAAGACGAAGUUGCAAUCUUACACCGGACCGACUGCAACCGACAGCACCUCCGUCGGCUUCAACAAGAUGUUUCUCAAGGUACAGUGUUGUGGUGUCUCCUCAUAUGCAGAUAUGGCUGCCAUCGCAGCGUGGUCAACAAAGCCAGCUUCUACCAAGGUACCAGCCUCGUGCUGCAAGGGUGCUGAUGACACUUCCUCCCAGUCUAGCACGACGCACGUGACAUGCACUGACACUCCACAGGACUUCUAUGCCACGGGCUGUUUCGAAAAGAUUGAUACUAUUAUAGACUCGAUCAGUCUGAUUUCUAAAAUUGUCUCCGGCAUCAGCUUUAUUUGUCACGUGCUCGCCAUAGUGCUGUCAUGCCUUACAAUGGACAGGGUUACAAACCGUAUUCAACACUUACCGGCGUCUAAGAAUCUGCCCCCAGUUAUCCGGAAAAAAUAGAGACCACCAACCGCCAAACCCCCAUCGUAUAUUGGAAUCGAUGCUGUCUUGAAGAACAAAGCAAAGAUAUAAAUGUGUAAUGAAACAUGUCAGAAACGAUCUUUGUUUCAUUUGACAGUGUAUUUAAGAGCUUACCUCAAAUGCAUGUUAACUGUGAUAAUAUUGUAUGUGCUAUCAUGGAUCAGACAAUUUUUAUCUGCACACGUGUGUUGUCAUUUUCAGUGAUGCGGUUGUGAAAAACAAAUAUUUAAACGCUGCUCAACGUAGCGCGAGUGGAAAGGUCUUCUAAAAUAAAACCAGGCAGAAAACUAGCGAUACCUACCGAUAUAUUGAUAGACAUUAUUUUACAUGGGAUCCAACAGUUUUCUAUUUAUAUAAGAAUGAACCACUGAACAUGCACUUUGAACAUUAUAUGGUACGAAAGAAGUUUACGUUUCUUCUUCGUCUCUCCAAACCAAUGGGAUUUGUAAUUUUACAUGUUACAUCGUAUGUUAGUAUCUACCAAGUUUUUUUUCAAAUCCUGACAUUUUUGCAAAACCUGGCUGUGCCCUGGCGGUUACUUGUUUCCGUUAUAUGUGUCCUGUAAAAGCUUUAAAUAAACUCUUCUCUUGUGAAACCGCGAGAUCCAGAGGUUUUGUAGUUCACAUGUAACAUCGAAUGGCCUAUCACCUACCAAUUUUGUUCAAAUCAAAUGUCCCAGGGGUCAAAAUUGGACCCACCCGUGGGAUACCUCGUUUUUUCUUUGUAUGUGUAUAGUGCACAUUACAAACAUUUUAUCUUUUUAAACCGCAAUGUACAAAUAAUUUGUAUUUGUAUUGGUAAUCGUUUGGUGAUUCUUUACCAAACUUAUUCAAAUCAUGCCACUGGUUUCAUCAUUGACCACGCUCUGACUUAUUUUUCAAAUAUACAUAUAGUGAAAGCAUGAAGAAAAUCUCUCUGUAAUCGCAUGACCCAUGUGUUUAGUAUUUUUCAUGUUUGUUCGAAAGGUUGCCUUCUGUCCAAUAAUCAUGACCAUGUGAUCAGAAGUGGCGACAGCCUUGGGAUUACUGUUUUCAUUUUAAUUCUGCCACGUACGAAAAUGGUUGAGGUCGGUUGAAAAAAAAACGUGUACACUAGUAUGCGCAAGAUUCCUCACAUGGACAUAGCGAAACAUUUUUAACACUCUGUCUUUUAGCGAAACAUUUUGAACACUCUUUCUUUUCCCAAUUAUCGCGAAACUUGCUCUGAACAUCUGUUCUUAUCAUAUCUCGACCAAGCUCGAAACAGGUUUUGGAAACAUCAAAAAGUUGUUCAGAAUAGUUUCCCUAAGUCUACAGUUAGAGAUCUAAAAUCUAUGGCACUGUUGUUUCCUACACUAUUUUUCUAUUUUAUUAAGUAAUAGUUACUUUAAAGAACUGUAGUAAAUGGUCUCCAUAUGAGUUUGUAUUAAAAUCAACAGCAUUUCGUGGUUCAAUAUUAUCAUAAGUUUGUAUAGUAAAUGAGAAUAAUUUGUUAUCACAUUUAUUGUAAGAAAGACUUUUCAUGCGUUAGACAAAUAUCAUUACUAAUUAUUAAUGAAGUUGUUUGUUAUCAUCAUUACAUCUGUUGUCUUUUGCCGUUUAGAAUAUUGUGUGAUGUUUUCUUGUGUUUAUAGUUAUCUUCUUGUGUUAAUUGUUAUUUUUGUUCAUGUUAACACGAUU